CUGUCUGGCCCCCAGACGAACUCUUUCUCUCUCUCUCUCUCUCUCUCUCUCUCUCUCUCCUAUAUAAACACUCUUAGUGUCUAUACUGGAGUCGGGCACUCCCUCUGAGAAACAACUGCUGGAAGGUUCAACCUAGGCUUUAUACGGAGGAAUGAAAGAAAUUUGACAAACCAUCCAGGGGCUGUAUGAAUGGAUAAUCACAUGGAUCGAGCUCUCAGGUCGGUAUUAUUCCUCCUGUUAGUUCAGAUACCGGCUUCGUUUAGUUGUACAGACGUCCCCGGUGGAGAUGACGGAGGAUGGGGAGGGGAAUUCAGUAUGGAGGAUGAAGGCGGAUGUAACAUUGAGAUCCGAGAUGUUACCUCGAUAACACACAAUGCAUUUAUUAAAGAGUAUGCCUACACAAAACCUGUAAUACUCCGAGGACUCACAGAUAACACAAAUUUCCGCUUCCUGUGUUCCAAAUCCAGUCUGUUGCGAGAGUACGGAGAGAAAACCGUCCGUCUCAGCACCGCCAAUACACACUCAUACAAGAAAGUGGAUGUGCGGUUUGAAGAGUUUGUAAAGUUCCUGUUGACCCCUCAGUCUGAGAACACCCUCGGCAGUGAUACGCUGUACUUCUUCGGGGACAAUAACUUCACAGAGUGGCAUUCUCUGUUUGACGAGUACAAAGCGCCACCUUACACUCUUCCUCAAAUGAGUCCUGCAUAUAGCUUUGGGAUUGCUGGACCGGGUACUGGCGUCCCGUUUCACUGGCACGGCCCCGGCUAUUCUGAAGUUAUCUAUGGCAGGAAGCGCUGGAUCCUGUACCCCCCUGACCAGGCACCCGAGUUCCACCCCAACCACACCACUCUCUCCUGGGUCACUCUCUCCUACCCGAACUUGGAGCACCACCAGAAGCCUCUGGAGUGCACAAUAAGACCAGGAGAGGUGCUGUAUUUUCCAGAUCGUUGGUGGCAUGCAACCCUUAAUCUAGACACCAGCGUCUUCAUUUCAACUUUUCUGGGUUGAUGUUGUGGCACAUCUGUGUUUACUUGAAGGACCGAUCAGAACAUUUGCUCAAGAGAUCAACGUCCAGUCUGCCAUCCUUCCAUGGACUUGCAUUUAUUGUAUAAAAGCUCUUUUUAAUGAAAGAAUUAGAAAAUGUUUUUGUAAAUUGUGUAAGAUGUAUUUCAUCUGAAGAAAAAACUAUUUGUAUUACUAAAGCAAAAUUUUUUUUAUUGUACUAAAAAAAACAUUUAAAGAAUCAUUCUUGAUUUGUAUAGACACAAAGACAUUGAACAGAAUGUAAUAUACACAUUUUCAUGGAAUCAGUAAAUGUCCAGUUUCACAUCUGAUUGGUAAUAAUAUGUAGGUCAUUAUUAAAAUAAUUGGACCUUUGAUAUGUCUGUUCCACAUCCUGAGCUUUGAAGCAACCCUCAAUCCAUAGGCACAGAGUGUAAACAAUUCUGACCCUUGUUCAGAUGCCGCAGCUUCAUGAACAUACAGUGUGCCAUUAUGGCGCUUGCACAAAUGUGUUUGGCUUUUACACAUGGAUCAAUUAAUGUAAAGAAAAUAAGGAUUUUGGAAGGGUACAUUAUAUUCAGGAUCAUCGUCCUCCUCAGAGAGAAAAAGGGAGUAUGUAUUUUUUGUCCAUUUAGAAAUCCACGUGCAAUACUGCAGACAUUGACUUCAUUUUAGGACAAAUUGCUUAUGUUCCUCAUUUUUAAAUUGUUUUAAA